CUCAGCUCCUAGGCUGAGCUCGGCAGAUCGGCCCAUGAAAACUAAUGUAUUGAGACAAAGGAAAGGAGCUGUGAGAAAGCAACAUCUAUUCUCCUGGGCUUGGCAACAAGGAAGAGGACAGGUAGUGGAGACCCUGCAAUCUGAGAAGCAGACCGAAAGGUGACAAAGAAACGGAAGAUGGGUGGUGGAGAGAGGCAUAACAUUCCAGUCCCUCAACCUAGAAAUGUUACGAAGAACCAACAACAGCUCAGUAGACAGAAGACCGAGGAUCAGAAUUCCCAGAUGAAGAUUGUUCAUAAGAAAAAGGAAAGAGGACAUACUUACAACGCAUCAGCAGCUGCAUGGCAGGCCAUGCAAAAUGGGGGGAAGAACAAAAACUUUUCAAAUAAUCAGAAUUGGAACUCUAGCUUGUCAAGUCCCACCUUACUUUUUAAGUCUCAAACUAGCCAGAACUAUGCUGGAGCCAAAUUUAGUGAACCACCAUCACCAAGUGUUCUUCCUAAACCACCCAGCCACUGGCUUCCUGAUUCCUUUAAUCCUUCUGAUAAGGAAAUAAUGACAUUUCAACUUAAAACCUUACUUAAAAUACAGGUAAAAUAGUACUAAUGUUCAAUGUUAUAUAUUUAAGGGUAAGUUGGUUUAAAACAUUCACUAGGGAAUUAAUUUGCAAAACUGAUUAAUGUAGAAAAUAACUUCUUGUGCACUGGGAUAAUGGGAAGUAACAGUGCAAAUUAAAAUAUUAAUAAUUGUAUUUUGUAUUAAAUAUUUUCAAUUGAGUAACUUAAACCAUUUAUGUUUGUGAAAUGGUGAAAGAAUAAAUUUUUUCUAUUUUUGGUGGA